AUGAUUAUCAACGGCGAGACGUACGCCUGCGAGGCCUGCAUUCGCGGCCACCGCACCGCAAGCUGCCAGCACAAAGAUCGUCCUCUACAGCUCAUCAAGAAGAAGGGACGGCCCGUUUCUCAGUGCAAUCACUGUCGCUCCAUGCGUCAGUCGCGGUCUGCGCAUGUCAAGUGUGAGUGUGCAAAGAGGGCUCGUGAAGGGAGACUCGACGCGGCGACGGUCAACGGGGGCAGAGAACCGUGCCGCUGCUUCGAGGACGGCGUCUGCAGGUGCGCUUUCAAGCGAGAUCAUCCGGCUUCGGACACGUUGUCGCCCUCUGGCUCUGAACACGGCACAAACACCUCAGUCUUGGCCACAAGCGCGUCGCCAGCGACGCAAGGAUGCUGCGGAACCCCCUCCACCAGCGCGCCCGCCUCGGAUGCGCCACCUGGACUCGACGGCGCGCGUACGGGUGAUUCACAGCCUCAGCCUCCUGCAGCACCAACCGACGGCGUGAUAGAUUUCGAGACAUCCUGGAUGGAUGCCAUCCCGCACAACAUCGACCCCGACUUCCUCGGCGGCGCACCAUUCGACUUUUCCACUUUUGACAUGCAACCGAGCUCGUUUGACCUUGCAGCGCUCAGCGAGGCUCCCGCGGCACCGGCGACCAGUCACGCGGCGGCCUUCGACGAGGCGCCAGGAACCAUGGUAACACUGCCCAACCCGGACCUGGGCUCGACCACGGCCGAAUGGAUGCCCAACCAAUAUGGCGAGCAAGAAAUCAGCGUCUUUGGCGUCCCCGAAUCGGCGUGGCUUGAGAGCCUGGGGAUGGGGGACUCCAAGAUAGAGCUGCUUCCCGAUGAAGAUAGAGCGGUCGGCCACACUGGCGGCGGACUGCAUCAUGGCGAUGCGCCACGGUGA